AUGUCAGACGCUCCAAGAGUAAUGAAAAAUAAAAUAAUAGAAAUUAUUUUUUAGAAAUACUUCUAAUUAGCCUUAACAAUAGUCGAUAGGAAAAUAAGGAAAUGAAUAAUAAAAUCAAGAAGCAAGUGUUGUGCCAAUAAUAUAAACAAAAGAGUUGAAUUAGUUAGGAUUGAAUGUAGUAUAGCCAGGAGAGUUGGGUAUGUAGUAAGUAAAUGUAAUAUGUUUAAAUGGUGUAUAAUAAUUUUAAGGACUGUUGAUAGCUACAAAUUAUAAAGUAAGAUUAUUAAUUGAUAUGAGAUUGUUUUUUUGCCUGAAAGAUUUCCAAAAGAGUUUCGAAAAGAUUAUUUUGAAGUUCCUUAUACAUUUUUAAUAAAGGUAGAAAGGACAAUAGAUAAGAAAUAAAAUGAUUCAAAUUUAAUAGAGAUAUCAUCUAAAGAUGGUAGAUAAUUUAGAUAUAGAUUUUCGAGAGAGUAAAAUGAUGAUUGUGGAUAUUUAUUAAAUGUGAUAAAUAAGAAUGCUUUUACAUUAUAGAAGACAACUUUGUUUGCAUUUACAUAUUAUAGAGAAAUGCAAAGUUUAGAAAAUGAAUAUUAAGGAUGGAGAAUAUAUAAAAUGGAGAUGGAUUUUGAUAGAAUGGGUAUAAUGAUAUAAUAAGAGAAUCAAUAAUAAUAAUAAUAAUAAAUAAAUGGAUUAUUUAAAUACUUGAAUAAUGAAGGUGGAUAGAUAUGUGCAACAUAUUAUAAUAGAUUGGUAGUACCAGCAAGAGUAGAUAUGGAUUGUAUAUAGAAGACAGCAAAAUUUAGAUCAAAAGAGAGAAUUCCAAUAUUAUCAUAUGGAUUUAAAGUAGAUGGAAAGAUAGUAUCAUUAUGGAGAAGUGGACAAUGCAGAGUAGGAAUUGGAUAGAUUAGAUCAUUAGAAGAUGAAUAAUAUUUAAAAUGGAUGUGUUAAUAAUUAAUCGAUGAAAUAGAUAAUAAAUAAGAAGAGAUUAGAUUAAGAAUAUAUGAUGCUCGUUCAGAUGUUAAUUCAACAGGAUAAUAAGUCAGUGGUAAAGGAUUUGAGAAUCCAAUAUAUUAUAAAAAUUGUAGUAUAGAUUUUAUAGAGAUUGGAAGUAUUCAUAAAAUUAGAGAAGCUUAAUUAAAAUUAUUAAAAAAUUCAUAUAGGUAUUAAUAUAUUAUAAUAUUGAAAGUGAGAAUAUACUAUUUAUUUCAUAAUUAGAAAUAUCAUAGUGGUAUGAUCAUGUAGUAUCAUUAAUACAAGGAUCAGUUAGAAUUGCUAUGACAUUAACAAAAGAGAAAUUGAAUGUGUUAGUUCAUUGUUUAGAUGGUUGGGAUAAAACACCUUAAUUGGUGUCUUUAGUUUAAAUAAUGAUUGAUGGAUAUUAUAGAACAUUAGAUGGAUUUAUGAUACUUAUUUAAAAAGAAUGGAUUAAUAAUGGACAUUAAUUUUGCUAAAGAUCUGCUAUUGGAAAUAAAUAACAUAAUGAUGAUUGUCGAUCACCAAUAUUCUUUCAAUUUUUAGAUUGUGUUUAUUAAUUAAUACAACUAUAUCCAUUAUCUUUUGAAUUCAAUGUCAAAUUAUUAUUAGAUUUAGCAUAUCAUCACCUAUCAUCUCUUUUUGGAAACUUUCUAUGUGAUUCAUUUCUUGUAUUCAUUCAUUUUUAUUAUUCUCUAUUAGGAAAUAUAAAAAUAAAAAGUUAUGGAAUCAACUAUCUCCAUUUGGUCAUGGAUUUUCAAAUAUAAAGACAAAUACAAAAAUGCAUUCUAUGUAAAUCCUGCUUCCAUUGAAUAAUAAGUGAUUAUUCCAGAAUAAUUUACAGGAAAAUCUAUCAAAUUCUGGUAGGAGUAUUUUCUUAAUUAUUCCUCUGAAUUCAAUGAUGUUUAUUGUAUACAUCCUUCUUCUUAAUUUACCAAGUAACUAUAUAUUCUCUAUAUAUUUUCAGAGAUAAUUUAUAAGAAAUGUAUAAAGCAUUAGCUAAAGAAAAUUAAGUCUUGAGAUUAGCUUAAAUAGAUUAAGAAAAAUUAGCUCAUCUCAAUUAAUAAAAAUUUAAUCAACUAUUUUAAAUUAUUUAAGAAACAUAAAAUGAAAAAAUCAUUGAAAAACUUUAAUCUAUCCAACUUACAUGA